CUCCUCUGACUGGAGGGAUUCACACAUAGAGACCUUCUCCUGGGCUCUCGACAUCAUGACCUCCCUGAAGAUGCUGUUCCUGGUCGUCCUCCUCCUGGGGGCUUCCCUGAAGGACACCCAUGCAGCUCGAGGAGUCAACGUGGGCCGGGAGUGCUGCCUGGAGUACUUCAAAGGAGCCAUUCCUCUCAAGAAGCUGGUGAGGUGGUACUGGACCUCAGUGGAGUGCCCCAGGGAUGCCAUCGUGUUGGUGACUCGCCAGGGCAGAUCCAUCUGUUCGGACCCCAAGGAUGCAUGGGUGAAGAAGGCAGUCAGAUAUUUGCAAAACGCCGUGAAGCUGCGUGACCUCGUCACCCAGAAGUCAUGAUUCCUUCCUAUAUCGCAUGGAGACUUCCCGCCUCCUUGUUCACUGCUCCAACCCUGAGCUCCCCGGGUCCAAGGGAGGCCUGAUGAGGACAAAGAGGCCCCUUGUCCCCUUGUCUGAUUAAAGUCUU